GCAAGCCUGGAAGGAGGCUGGCAGAGCUCCCUGCAGCAGACCAGACCAUCCAGCACAGCUUUUGCAGUUUAUCCAUGGGAUAGGUCCAGCCUGAAAUCAGUGUCAAUAGACUUGCAACACUUUAAGAAACUGGAUGCCUAUGCACUGAAGGUGAGUGUUUGGAACAGCGUGGAAAACCUGGUAAGCGUCCUGCUCCAAGAAACCCAGAGUGACCUGGAGAAGGUCCGAGCCAUUUGGAUGUGGACUUGCCAUAAUAUGGAAUAUGAUGUAGAAGGCUACCAUAAUAAAGCCACAGUAUCUUGCAAGCCUGCCGAUGUCCUUCAGUCACGAAAGAGUGUUUGUUCUGGAUAUGCUUCACUCUUUGAAAAAAUGUGCAGUGUUGCAGGGAUAGAAUGUAAGCAAUUGUCAGGCUAUGCCAAAGGGUAUUCCUACAAAGCAGGAAAAGGCUUUAAGGAUACUAAUCAUGCCUGGAAUGCUGUUUAUCUUGAUGGAAGGUGGCACCUCUUGGACAGCACCUGGGGAAGUGGCAGUGUGGAUGACUCUUGUCAGCAGUUCACUUUCAGAUACAAUGAGUUUUACUUCCUUACCCACCCUGCUCUUUUUAUUAAUGAUCACUUCCCAGAAGACCACAAGUGGCAGCUUCUGAAACAGACUAUGACACUACAGCAGUUUGAACAUAAUGUGUGGUAUAAAUCUGCAUUUUAUUCAGUGGGACUGAUUGCAGCAUCCCCAGAAACAUCACACAUUGAAACAGAAAAUGGCAAAGCAACUGUUUUGAUUGAGAGCCGUUCUCCAGUGCUCUUCUUGUCUAAAUGUAAUGGGGUAAAAGAAAACUGUUUAAUUAUGCUGCAGAGGAAUGGAAUGAAGCUGGAAGUCUAUCCCCAGCAGACGGGGACUCAUAGUUUGAGUAUCUUUGCCAAGUCUUCCAAAGACAAGGAGGCGAGUUACAGUCAUGUGUUAGAAUAUGCUCUGAAGUGCUGCUCUGUGGAUGAAAGCAUCUGCUUGCCCAAAACACUCUUUUAUCCUGUGGGUCCCAGCUGGUACACAGAGGAGAAUGGGAUCCUCAAGGUCUUGCCUCAAGGCCCAAUUAUUCACACUGAUGAUGGGUGCUGUUUUGUUACAUUCACCCAAAGUAAAGAUCUGGACUUCUUUGUCAGUCUGGACACAGAUAACAGCAGCAUGCCAGAAGAACUGAGGAGGCGUCACAUCUGGAAAACAUGCCAAGGAAACCAGGUGGAAUUAAAGAUUCACCUCCCCCAUGCAGGGGACUUUGCCUUUUGCAUCUGGGCAAAGAAAAUGUCUGAGCCAGGUGGUUAUGACUGUGCUCUCAGCUACCUCCUCUCCUGUUCAAACAAGAGUGUGGAGUGGCCAGUUUUCCCACAGUAUUUUACAAAUUGGGAGGAUGGUUUUGAGCUGGUAGCACCUCUUGCGGGUAUACUGCCAAGCAACUGCAUGGUACAGUUCAAGCUCAAGCUUCCUGGUGUAGCUGAGGCAUCUGUUCAGUGUGGAGAGAUUCACCCAUUGAGUCUCAGUCAAGAGGGUUUCUGGGAAGGAGCUUGCCAUACUUCUGGUGUCUCAAAGGUGAUUGUCAGAGUGUCCAAAAAUGAUGACAAUAUUUUCUGGUCCUUGUUGGAGUACAAAGUGGAGCACCAACAGUUGUUCAGUUAAUGGAACCAGCUUCUGAUCCUGGAUUUCCUUACCAUGUUUUACAUGCGAUCUAUCUAGCCUUGAUGCAGAGGGCAACUUUAGGUGCUCUGUAAAGAAAAUAAAUAAACCAUCUAUUUCUUUCUCUCA